AAGUGACAGCAAAUAGUGCAAAUUUUAUUUUAUUGUGUCUAUAGCUUUGGUCAAGCUUGUGUAUAAAAUAUUAACGAAAAAACUUCCGUACAAGUGAAAUAUAAAUUGUGAUUUUUAUUAAAGUGUUCAAAAGCACACACCACUUUCGGUGUUGAAGUGCUGCAUUUAGGAAGAUGUCCCGGAAUUCAAGACCAGGCCCGAUACCAAAUCGUUGGCUGCAUUGCCCACGAAAGGGUGAAAAAUUAAUUGCUGAAAGAUUUUUAGCAUUUAAAACACCAUUAAGUAGUGCAUUCGAUGAUCAAAUGCCGCUGGAAUGUAUUUUUCAUCCUGAAAUGAUCUUUGGGUAUAUUAAAACAAUUAAGUUAAAGCUGGGUCUUUGGAUAGAUUUGACCAACACAACGCGAUUUUACAAUCGUCAAGUUGUUGAAACACGCGGUGCUCAAUACGUAAAGCUACAGUGUCGAGGCCAUGGAGAAACACCUUCACGCGAGCAAACGCAGCAAUUUAUUGAAAUAGUUGAUGGUUUUAUCAACGAACGUCCUUUUGAAAUUGUAGGCGUGCAUUGUACACAUGGCUUCAAUAGAACUGGAUUUUUGAUUGCUUCCUACUUAGUGGAACGUCUAGAUUACUCAAUAGAAGCAGCGCUAGCCAUAUUUGCAGAGGCGCGACCUCCGGGAAUUUAUAAACAGGACUAUAUUGAUGAAUUAUUUCGUCGAUACGAUGAAGAGGAAGAUCCACUACCAGCUCCACAACUACCAGCUUGGUCUUUAGAGUACGAUGACGGCGAUGGUAGUAACUCAAAUUCUUACGAAUCACAUAAGCGUAAGGCAGACAACGAAGAUAAUGGCGAUGAACAAGAGGAACUCGAAGAUGAUGAUGAUCAAACAGACGAACCGGGCGCUUCCAAUGGUGGUGGUGGUGGUCAUAAAAAGAAGCGACGCAAGGAGUUAGUUAUUAAAAAUGCCACGUUUAUGAGUGGCGUACCAGGUGUAGUACAGGUGACUGAUCAACCAAGAUUGGGCGAUCUGCAGCUAAAAGUGCAGGAAAUGUGCGGUUGGAAAAAAUCCGGUUUUCCUGGCUGUCAACCAGUUUCUAUGGAUAAGAACAAUUUAAAACGUUUAAGCGAGAUACCGUAUCGAGUGUCGUGGAAGGCAGAUGGCACACGGUACAUGAUGCUUAUCAAUAAACGUGAUGAGAUUUACUUUUUCGAUAGAAACAAUACUUGUUUUCAAGUCGAAAACCUGACAUUUGUUAAAGCUGGCAAUUUGAGUCAGCACUUAGAAGACACACUUUUGGAUGGAGAAAUGGUAAUUGACAAACUUAAUGGUGAAUCCAUACCGCGCUACCUCAUUUACGACAUAAUUAAACUUACAAAUUAUGACAUUGGUUCCAAGCCAUUUUAUCCCGAUCGGCUGAAUUGUAUCAAAAAGGAAAUUAUAGAACCACGCUACGAGGCUAUAACCAAACGUUUGAUUAAUAGACCUUUGGAACCAUUCAGCAUACGCAAUAAAGACUUUUGGGACAUACGCCAAUCGGGCUCUUUAUUAGGCGAAAAGUUCUCCAAAUCAUUAUUACAUGUACCCGAUGGUCUAAUCUUUCAACCUUCCAAACAACCCUAUACUGCUGGUGCAUGCCAGGAUGUACUUAAAUGGAAACCUAGUAAUAUGAACUCGAUCGAUUUUCGACUAAAAAUUAAAGUGGAGUCUGCGCCUGGCAUGUUAACUGAGAAAAUCGGCUACCUGUAUGUCGGUGGAUCAAACGAUUGUUUCGCCAAGAUGCGAUAUACAAAAGCAUUAAAAAAUUUAGAUAAUAAGAUCAUUGAGUGCGCAAUCAAUCAGAAAGGCGAAUGGGAGUUUAUGCGCGAACGCACAGACAAAACGCUUCCGAAUAGUUACAACACUGCUGCAUCGGUUAUGGAGAGUAUACGUUAUCCGAUAACACAACCUUGUUUACUACACUUUAUUGCAAACUAUGGUUAUCGCGAUGACAAUGACAUGAUGCCACCACCACAGCGUCAGCCACAGCAUUCGCAACACCAUCAUCAUCAUCAGCAGCAAGUGAAACAACACAGCCAACCACCAAUGCAGCAACAUCAACUGCAAAUGCAAAACCGUCAACAAAAAUAGGCGAGGCGAGGACGUACACCAUGAAACGUAAUAAAUGUUAACAGUAAAAUCUAACUUUUAAAUUAAGUUAAACACACACACAGUUCGCAAAUUUUAUACAAAAUGUAUAAGAUUUCACUAUCCAAACAUGAGACCAUAUUGAGAGAAUAUAUGCUUGAGUGCGAUUUACGUGACAUAGUAGCUUGUUCACAUUUUAUUUUAAUAAUCGGUAAUUUACUAAUAAAUUACACUUCCACUUUUAAACCAUAA